CCUUCAUCAAUCUCCGUCCGUCAGCAGCAGGAGAGACAACAGCCGCGGAUCACUCAAACAGCUCAUCAUUAUUAGGCGUUCAUUUUGAUCAUUUUUUAUGUCUUGACCUGAAGGCAGGUGUGAAGUACAAGCGGAACUAAUGUGCAAAAUAACUGAAUAAAUCUCCCUUGAUGUGGAUUUAUCUUCUAAAUAUCUGGAUAAAUAUUACUGGUUUAAUAAUUAACGGGAAUUUACAGAGGAGAUCAAGCAAGGAGCCGACGGCCCCAGUCGAACACCGGGGACCUGCACCUGUCCAAUCCGCCCAGACUCCGGUCUCCCUGGCUGCUUCUAGCAUGAUGUCUUACCUCAAACAGGCCCCGUACGGCAUGAACGGACUGGGCCUGAGCGGAGCCGCCAUGGACCUGCUGCACCCGUCCGUGGGAUACCCCGCUAACCCCCGGAAGCAGCGUCGGGAACGCACCACCUUCACCCGGACACAGCUGGACAUCCUGGAGUCUUUGUUUGCCAAAACACGCUACCCAGACAUCUUCAUGAGAGAGGAGGUGGCACUGAAGAUCAACCUGCCUGAGUCCAGAGUGCAGGUGUGGUUCAAAAACAGGAGAGCCAAGUGUCGGCAGCAGCAGCAGAGCAACAACAGCGCCAAGGUAAAACCAGUGAAGAAAAAGUCAUCUCCAACCAGAGAGAGCACCAGCUCAGAGAGCAGCGGCCAGUUCACUCCACCAGCUGUGUCCAGCUCCUCCUCUUCCACUUCUUCCUCCUCUUCCUCCUCCUCUGUUUCCUCUGGUCUCAGUGGGCCUGCUUUGAUCAGCACUUCUACCACCGUUACUGCACCAGUGUCGUCCAUCUGGAGUCCGGCCCCUAUCUCCCCGGCCCCAGCGCCGGCCAAUGUGCCCGACCCGGUUGCUCCUACCAGCGCAUCCUGUAUGCAGCGAUCUGCCACUUCUUCUGCCAAUGCAGGAGCACCUUCAUAUCCAGUGUCCUACAGCCAAACGGCAGCGGCGUAUAGCCAGGGUUACCCUGCCUCAGCAUCGGGCUCCUACUUCAGUGGUGUGGAGUGUGGCUCCUACCUGGCACCCAUGCACUCCCACCACCACCCACACCACCCGCACCAGCUCAGCCCCAUGACAGGCUCCUCUAUGUCAGGACACCCACACCACCACAUUGCCCAAACUACAGGCCACCACCACCAUCACCACCACCCACCACAUCAUCACCAGGCAUACAGCACGCCUGGCUUGGCCUUUAACUCCACAGACUGUCUGGAUUACAAGGAGCAGACUGCAGCUUCGGCCUGGAAGCUCAACUUCAAUACCACCGACUGUUUGGACUACAAAGACCAGGCCUCAUGGCGCUUCCAGGUUCUGUGACUUCCCUCGGUUCUUGCUCUGUGUGUUUAAAGACAUUUUCUUUUGUAAAUUGUGGUUUAUUUUGAAAAUCCUUCAAUCUAAUAGUAGAGACACUUCUAAAAUCUUAUUUGUGAAUGAACUGAAACUGUGCACUGAGCAGCAGGAGCUUGAGUUCAACACUGCUGUUAUUGGUGGAGCUGUGCUCCCAGGUUAUUUUUCUACUCCAGAAUCAAGAAAAAUAACUAAUUUCUAACUGAAGGCAUUUAACAGGAAAACCCGUCUGGAGGUACGUGCAUUCUGGGAUCACCUCAGUGAUUGUUCCCUGAAAGAAAAAAAAAACAACCCUGCAACUAUAAAAAAAAAAUACAAGAUAAGGGGAAACAAAAUCGCACAUUAGACAUUACAACAGGCUAAGACUUUAUUUUUAACAACAAGAUGCUGCUAGGAUUUUCAGGUUGUUGAUCCACUGAAUCUUACUCAGAAACUCCAUCUUGCAGCCCGUCAGGGAGUGUUGGAGACUGAUUUGCAGCACUUGUUUGGGAUUGUCACACUUUCCUGGUUUCUCAUUGCAGGGGAAAGGAAAGAAAAAUGUGAAUUUUUAUCACAAUGUCAGUAUGCUGUAGAAAUUCUAAAAAUGUACAAAUGUAUCUUUAUAAUAAAGUCUUGUUUAAACCAUGA